CCCCGCCCACUUGCACGGGCAGCGCUGCCCUCCGUACGUGAUCAACCUAGACCCUGCCGUGCACAGCCUGCCGUUCCCCGCCAACAUCGAUAUCAGGGACACUGUGAAGUACAAAGAAGUCAUGAAACAAUAUGGGCUGGGCCCAAAUGGAGGAAUAGUGACCUCUCUCAAUCUCUUUGCUACAAGAUUUGACCAGGUGAUGAAGUUUAUUGAAAAAAGACAAAAUGCAUCCAAGUAUGUUAUUAUUGACACACCAGGGCAAAUUGAGGUAUUUACUUGGUCAGCAUCGGGAACCAUCAUAACUGAGGCCUUGGCUUCCUCUUUUCCUUCGGUUGUUGUCUAUGUGAUGGACACCUCUCGCAGUACUAACCCUAUCACUUUUAUGUCCAAUAUGCUGUAUGCCUGCAGUAUCCUGUACAAGACAAAGCUACCUUUCAUCGUAGUUAUGAACAAAACUGAUAUAAUCGACCACAGUUUUGCAGUGGAAUGGAUGCAGGACUUUGAAACUUUUCAGGAUGCGUUGAAUCAAGAGACUUCCUAUGUCAGUAACCUGACUCGUUCUAUGAGUUUAGUGUUGGAUGAAUUUUACAGUUCACUUAAGGUGGUUGGUGUUUCUGCAGUGCUUGGCACAGGACUGGAUGAGUUUUUCAUCCAGCUUUCUAAAGCUGUAGAUGAAUAUGAGAGAGAGUAUCGUCCAGAAUAUGAGCGCCUGAGAAAAACACUAGAGGAAGCUCAAGAGAAACAAAAGAGAGAGCAGCUGGAACACUUGUGGAAGGACAUGGGCAGUGUGUGUGUGCAGGGCAGCACACUGGCAGGAACCGAUGAUGCUUCUGCAAUGGGUCCCUCUGAGCUAAUCCUAACACGAGGAACUCUCAAUGACGAGGAAGAAGAGAGGGAGAGUGAUACUGACGACAUUGACCAUGAAGUGACUGAGGAGAGUCAUGAAGAACCAGCGUUCAGAAACUUCAUGCAAGACAUGCGGAUGAAAUGCCAGAGAAAAAGCAACCCGAAUGAAUGAGACCUUCACAAACAGAAGGUUUGGAAGGAACAGCAUAAAGAAACUUGCAUGGAACCAUGCAUGAAGAUUUUUAUUUGUGAACUGCUUCCUCAGAUAGAUUUUUAUUUCCCUUUCUGCAGUAACUGUUGGUCACGUGAGUUAAAUAGCCAACUCACUGCAUGUUUUGCCAUCUGCCACUGUGGCUUCCUGAAGCUGAAGGAAUCAGAUAGUUUCUUUUCCUCCAGAUUCUUCAGAUCUAAUUGAUGAGAGCUUAGAUUUUUGAGCUCUGACAACAUUAGUAUCUACAGCUCUAACUGGUCCCCAGAAACAUGUUCCAUUCAUGUGUGCUGUCAGGUGUCUGCUGCAGCCUGAGCACAAGUGAUGCUGUAUUGAACUUUAUCAAUCUGCUUAUUGUUUGAUGGUUUGAUUUUCAUUAAAUAUAUCUUAUGUACUAAAAAAUGUGUGAU